AUGAUUUUCAUUUAUGCUCGAGAUUUCGACAAGGAAUACCAAAUCUUAUCAUUAAACCAAGGGCGUUACAAUACCCGGGAAUUUAUCGACCGAAAACUUUUCUUUGCAUUUUCACUUAUAACUCGCCAGAUGGAUCGUUUACUCCGACUUGGAGCUGGAGGAUUGGGAGGUGGACUCGGAGGGCCCCCACCAAGUGAUGCCCCUGCAGUUGAUACAGCAGAGCAGGUCUAUAUAUCAUCACUAGCUCUUCUAAAGAUGUUAAAACAUGGGAGAGCUGGUGUACCUAUGGAAGUUAUGGGUCUGAUGUUGGGAGAGUUCGUAGAUGACUACACAGUGAGAGUAAUUGAUGUAUUUGCAAUGCCACAGUCAGGAACAGGAGUCAGUGUUGAGGCUGUGGAUCCAGUGUUCCAAGCAAAAAUGUUGGACAUGUUGAAACAAACAGGAAGACCAGAGAUGGUGGUAGGGUGGUACCAUUCACAUCCAGGAUUUGGCUGCUGGUUAUCUGGUGUAGAUAUCAAUACACAGCAGAGCUUUGAGGCUUUGUCCGAGAGAGCUGUAGCAGUAGUAGUUGACCCUAUACAGAGUGUCAAAGGAAAAGUAGUUAUUGAUGCAUUCCGACUUAUCAAUCCCAAUAUGAUGGUGCUAGGCCAGGAACCACGACAGACAACCUCUAAUCUCGGACAUUUACAGAAACCUUCUAUUCAGGCACUUAUCCAUGGGCUAAACAGACAUUAUUACUCAAUAGCUAUUAACUACAGGAAGAAUGAACUUGAACAGAAGAUGUUACUGAAUCUCCAUAAAAAGACCUGGAUGGAUGGGUUAACGCUAGAAGAUUACAAUACCCACUGUAACAACAAUGAAAAAAUUGUCAAAGAAAUGUUAGAACUCGCCAAAAAUUACAAUAAGGCUUUAGAAGAAGAAGAAACAAUGACACCUGAACAGUUAGCCAUCAAAAAUGUUGGAAAACAAGAUCCAAAGCGCCAUCUAGAGGAGCAUGUUGAUGUUCUGAUGUCAUCCGAUAUUAUACAAUGCCUUGGAGCUAUGUUACAUACAGUUGUCUUCAAAUAAAAUAACUCUCAAUACAGACUAGUGGAAUAGAUGAACAUAAUAUGUAGACCAUCACAUAUUUCUUAAAACAUCUCAGACAGAGAAAUUGUACUGAAAUGCCACAUUUUGUCAAAUCUGAACUAUUGGAUACUGUAUACACAGAUUGGUACUGUUCAAACCCUUUGUGACCUGCAUCAUUGCUAGUGAAAGGUCUGCAGAGUACCUGUAUUGUCUCCACUGAUGUAAACAUGUUGAACUCAAC